CGAAAAGGGAUAUUAUUAUUGUAAUAAAGUGCCAAAGAAAAUUUUAAAGUGUUUUUCUUCGCUCCUUUAAAAAAGAGGAAAAUCUAUAAAUAAGAAAUAUGGCUUUGAAGAUAUAAGGAAAAUAAAACUAAGAAGAAGAAAAAGCAUAAAAUAAUAAAAACAUCCUUUUCAACAAAAAAGUGAAUCCUGUACAUCAUUUGAAUGAUAGAAAGGAAGGACGAAACAAAACAAAAAUAUAACAAUGGAUAAAUUAAUUUGGAUAUUGUCCUUGGUCUUCUUAUUUUGUGCAUUUAGUUCAGUGAAAUCAUCCGAAGAUGAAGAACGUUUGGUUAGAGAUCUAUUUCGUGGCUAUAAUAAACUUAUACGACCUGUUCAAAAUAUGACUCAAAAAGUAGGUGUUAGAUUUGGACUUGCUUUUGUUCAAUUGAUUAACGUUAAUGAAAAAAAUCAAAUUAUGAAAUCUAAUGUAUGGUUGCGUUUAGUCUGGUAUGAUUAUCAAUUACAAUGGGAUGAAGCUGAUUAUGGAGGUAUAGGUGUAUUACGUUUACCUCCAGAUAAAGUUUGGAAACCUGAUAUUGUCUUAUUUAAUAAUGCCGAUGGUAAUUAUGAAGUUCGUUAUAAAUCGAAUGUAUUAAUUUAUCCAACUGGUGAAGUUUUAUGGGUACCUCCAGCUAUAUACCAAAGUUCCUGUACCAUUGACGUAACAUAUUUUCCAUUUGAUCAACAAACAUGUAUUAUGAAAUUUGGUUCAUGGACAUUUAAUGGAGAUCAAGUAUCAUUAGCAUUAUAUAAUAAUAAAAAUUUUGUUGAUUUAUCAGAUUAUUGGAAAUCUGGUACAUGGGAUAUAAUUGAAGUUCCAGCAUAUUUAAAUGUUUAUGAAGGUGAUGGAAAUCAUCCAACUGAAACCGAUAUUACUUUUUAUAUCAUAAUUAGACGGAAAACACUAUUUUAUACUGUAAAUUUAAUUCUACCGACAGUAUUAAUUUCAUUCCUUUGCGUUUUAGUAUUCUAUUUACCAGCUGAAGCAGGAGAAAAGGUUACAUUGGGUAUUAGUAUUUUGCUGUCAUUGGUUGUGUUUCUGUUGCUUGUAUCGAAAAUUCUGCCCCCAACAUCUCUUGUACUUCCGUUAAUAGCCAAAUAUUUAUUGUUUACAUUUAUUAUGAACACCGUUUCAAUUUUAGUUACAGUUGUUAUUAUAAAUUGGAAUUUUAGAGGACCACGUACGCAUCGUAUGCCAAUGUGGAUUCGUUCAGUAUUUUUACAUUAUUUACCGGCAUUUUUAUUAAUGAAAAGGCCUAGAAAAACACGUUUACGUUGGAUGAUGGAAAUGCCAGGUAUGUCAAUGCCAGCACAUCCAGCUCAUUAUGGUUCACCAACUGAAAUGUCGAAACAUAUAAGUGCUAUUGGUGCCAAACAAUCUAAAAUGGAGGUAAUGGAAUUAUCUGAUUUACAUCAUCCAAAUUGCAAAAUUAACCGAAAAAUUAAUACUGGUGAAGUUGGUGGUAUAGGUGACCCAUGUCGUAGAGAAAGUGAAAGUUCAGAUUCAAUAUUAUUGUCACCAGAAGCAAGUAAAGCUACUGAAGCAGUUGAAUUUAUAGCUGAGCAUUUAAGAAACGAAGAUUUGUAUAUUCAAACUCGAGAAGAUUGGAAAUAUGUUGCAAUGGUCAUCGAUCGUUUACAAUUAUACAUAUUUUUUAUUGUAACAACUGCUGGCACUGUUGGUAUUUUAAUGGAUGCACCACAUAUCUUUGAAUACGUUGAUCAGGAUAGAAUUAUUGAAAUUUAUCGUGGCAAAUAAAUUAACAAAAACGAACGAUAUUCUAUUCGUAAAAUUAAAAAAAAAAACAAAAUCGAUAAAAUAAAUAACUUUGAGAAAAUUAUUAUAAUACCCUAAUAAUUAUAUUGAAAAGAAAAAAUAAAAAAUUGUUUGCCAAAAACUUUUUAUGUAAUUCUAAGAAAAUAAUAUAAAACAUUGGAUAAAAUUUUAAUAAAUUUUUUUUUUUUUGUGAAAAUAAAAAUUGUAAAAGAAAAUUUGAUAUAUGAACUAUGAUCAAAAAUCUACUCAGAAAGAUUUAAUUACCUACACUUAAGAUAAGUUAAAACAUUAGAAUUUCCAAUAAAAAAAAUAAAUUAACAAAGAUUAAAAACAAGAGAAAUGAUUAUUAUAAAAAAAUGUUCUCAAAAUUUUGUUUCUAUUUUAAAAAAAUAAAAGUAAAUGUAUUUUAAAUUCACUGUUGCUUUAUACUACAUCACUUACUUCUAUUUUGUAAUCAGUUAUAAAUUGGAUUAUGUAUAAUGUUGCUCAAUAUUGUGAAACAAUACAAAUAAGACAAAAAUUAAUAAUGAUUCAUAAAAGAAUGUACCAAGACUAAAUUAUUUCGACAAAGAUUCAGAUAUACUUUGAAGAAGACAAAUUUAUUAAUUGUUCAUUUUUUAACUGUGACUCCCAAUGAAACAAAUUUCAAAAUCAUAGUCUUUGUUUCUAUGUCAGAGUCUUAUUUUUAAAUUUAAAAAUUUAUAAAAUUCAUUAAUAAUAAUUCACAGUUCUUCAAAUAAAAAUUUAUUAGAAGCUUAUGAACAUAUUAAAAUGAACUAUUCUUCAAAGUAUUUUGAACUCAAAAUUGGAACCCAGCUGAACUCUAUAUAGACAAAUAAUUUUUUUUUAUAUUUAUAUUUUGUAACAUAGUUUGAAUUGAAAUUAAUAUAUUUAAUUAUUUAGAAAAUAAAUUAAAAAACAAAAAUUGUAAAAUUGUUGCAUAAUAUAUAAAACAUAUUCUAAUGUGGAAUUUAAAAAAAUUUUAUAUAAAUAGAUAUUAUAAUUAAAAAUUGACAAAAGAAAAAAUAUCAUCGAAAUAAAACUUUAAAAUUACAGCAAAAAAAAAAUAACUAAUUUUUAAAAAUCACUUAAAAUCUUUCAAAAUCAAAAUAAAAUAAAAAAUUUAUAUCACAAUUAUUUUACUAUAGAAUCAAUCAAUUCAAUAAAAUAUUAGAGAAAUUACGAACAAAAAAUAAAUAUAAAAUAAUUGUGAAUGAAAGUUUUAAAUAUAAUAGAAUAAAAAUUUAAUAUUUUAAAAAGCACAAUAACUAGGAAAUAUUCUAAUUUAAAAUAAUAAUAAAAAAUCAAAUAAAAAUAAAAUUCUUAGUAUAAAACAAGGAAAAUGUAAAAAAAAAGCUUUGUAAUGUUUUAUUUUGCUUUAAAUUUUAAAAUUAACCUUUUUUUAUUUAUUUGAAAUUUUUUGAUAAAAUAUUAACACUUUUAUUAAAAUUAAGUUGAUUUAAAUGUUAAGACAAUCGCCAAUACCCUCUGAAUUUUUUAUACUUUCCUCACACCUCUUUAUAGUUCAAAAUCAAAACCUUCUAAAGAAUUAUCCUUGAAGAAUUAUCUUCAAAUACAACUGAUAUAGCAAUUAACAAGCCACACUUAACUACAAUAUUUAUAAUUUUUUUUUUUCUAAACUAACUUCUUUAAAUAAAAAUUAUAAUUGAAAAAAUUGUUAAAAUAAAAAUAAUCUUUUCAUCAG